CCCCCCCCCCCAAAAAAAACAUCGCAAUGGGCCUCUUCCGUCGUGCCCUCAAACUCACCACCAUUGGCGGCACCGCCUCCCUCGGCGCCUUCUUCUUCGCCACCCGCAAUUCCGUCUUCGUGCCGCUGCCGCUCUCCGACCCCAUCUUCCACACCCCGGGCUAUCAGUCGCUGAACCCGCACAACAACCCCACCAGCCACGACCUGUGCAUCCGGCGCGUGCCGCUAUCGGAGAUCAACCCAUCGUUACUAGAGAAGAAGGGAAAAUUGACGGAGGCGUUCUGCGCGGGGGUAUACAGUGGAUGGGGAUACGCCUACCAACGCCGCUACUUCUCGAAAAAGUACGAAAACAGCAGCACGGCCACCGACCUCUGGACGCGCGCCGAUCUGCGCACCAGCACCUACGAGGUCGGCACCCGCAUCACCGAUCACUUUGAGGUCGUCGAGAAGACCCCCGAGCGGAUUGUCGUGCGCUGUGGCGACUCACCCCGAAAACAAGGCGUCAGGGAUUCGGACGGGUUGUUUGAGUUGAGUGCGGUGGUGAAGCCCGAGGAUGGGGUGGCGGAGUUUGGGCUGAAAAGUGUGUUCUUCCAGGGGUCGAAGCAGGUGGACGGGACGGGGGCGCCGCCUAUGCCUGGGUAUGUGUUCUGGUUGCACAAGCAGUAUACGAAGCUGUGGAUGGAGACGGGAGUGCGGAAUGUGAUGCGGUAGGUGAUCUCGCAGGAGGUUAUAGCUGUGGUUUGGAGGAAAUUGGGGGUGGGUUAUAGAUAAUGUUUACGGUACAAUAGAUGAAUGGACG